AUGACUAUAACAACAUUCAGAGAAGAAGUUGCUUCAUGCCUUCUAAAUUUCCCACAAGAACACCAGAACGAGCAAGAAGAUACGCAAGCAAAUCAAAUAAAACAUAUUUUAGAAGAUGUCAACACUUCUAAUAGGCGAAGAUGUUGCAUUUGCUACUGUAAUAUAUCAAAAGAAAAGGGAAGAACCGUGGCAGCCAAAACCACUGUUACAAACUAG